AUGUCGUCGAAACGCAAAACAACAUCGGGCAAGGCGUCGUCGCAAUCACCCAGCGCGCGGUCCCCGCGCCACCGCCCAAAAAUCCACAACGACGACGACUUGCCGCCAUCGGCCGGAUACUUGGUGUCGUGUGACGUUCCAACGAAGCAAUUCAUUCAACAUUUGAACGAUCUCAAACCAGUGGACAAGAAAUUCAUCCUGCAAGAUUUGGACGCCACGCACUUGCUGGUGGAACUCAAGGCGCGCGAUGAGAUUCGCCGCAAAGUGGAAGAAUGGGAAGAUUCCAACGUGUUUUCUUCGGUCGAGCGCGUCGGAGAGGAUCUCGACAUGUCCUAG